GGAAAGCGCAACUUUUGGGCGGUGCAAGAGGGCUACAAAAUGUCUGAAAUGAAUUCUGAGCCAGGGCAGUGCAGCAGCAGUGGGGUCAAACCUUUAGCAAGAAACACAGAAAAGAAAUGCUCCUGGGCUUCAUAUAUGACAAACUGCCCAACGCUAAUUGUAAUGAUUGGGCUUCCAGCCAGAGGCAAGACUUACAUGUCUAAAAAGUUAACACGAUACUUGAACUGGAUUGGCGUUCCUACAAAAGUUUUCAAUCUCGGAGCAUAUCGUCGAGAAGUGGUCAGAUCUUAUAAGUCUUAUGAGUUUUUCCGACAUGACAACGCAGAAGCCAUGAGAAUCCGCAAGCAGUGUGCUCUUAUAGCAUUAAAAGAUGUAAAGCUCUAUUUGACUGAAGAUGGAGGCCAGAUUGCGGUGUUUGAUGCAACUAAUACAACACGAGAAAGAAGAGAUAUGCUCCUAAACUUUGCGAAAGAAAAUGGUUUCAAGGUAUUUUUUGUUGAAUCUGAAUGUGACGAUCCUGAAGUCAUUGCUGCUAAUAUCAUGGAAGUAAAAGUGUCCAGCCCUGAUUAUCCUGAGAGAAACCGGGAGAAUGUCAUGGAUGAUUUCCUCAAGCGGAUUGAAUGUUAUAAAGUUACCUAUGAGCCAUUGGACCCUGAUUCUUAUGACAAGGAUCAUUCCCUUAUUAAAGUCAUCAACGUUGGACAGAGGUUCCUUGUUAACCGUGUGCAGGAUUAUAUCCAGAGUAAAAUUGUCUACUACCUCAUGAACAUACAUGUCCAGCCUCGAACCAUCUACUUAUGUCGACAUGGGGAAAGUGAGUGUAACCUUGUAGGGAAGAUUGGAGGAGACUCGGGGCUGUCUGCAAGAGGAAAACAAUAUGCCCAGGCAUUAAGAAAGUUUAUUGAGGAACAGGAAAUUGUGGACCUUAAAGUUUGGACCAGCCAGCUCAAGAGAACAAUACAAACGGCAGAAGCACUUGGUGUGUCGUAUGAGCAAUGGAAAAUACUUAAUGAAAUUGAUGCUGGCGUUUGUGAAGAGAUGACUUAUGAUGAGAUUAAAGAAAAAUACCCAGAAGACUUUGCGCUCAGGGAUCAGGAUAAAUAUCUUUAUCGCUACCCUGGUGGAGAGUCUUAUCAAGAUCUAGUGCAACGUCUUGAACCUGUUAUUAUGGAGCUUGAACGACAAGGAAAUAUUCUUGUAAUCUGUCAUCAGGCUGUUAUGCGAUGUCUUCUGGCUUAUUUCCUGGACAAAAGUGCAGAUGAUUUGCCAUACCUGAGAUGUCCACUGCAUACUGUACUGAAAUUGACACCUGUUGCCUAUGGUUGUAAAGUGGAAAUGAUAAAACUUAAUGUGGAUGCUGUUGACACACACCGUGAAAAGCCGGCAGGCAUAUUUGAUCAAAGUCAAGCUCCCAUGCGAAUGAGAAGAAACAGCUUUACCCCCCUGUCCAGCUCUGAUACUGUCAGGCGCCCAAGAAACUACAGUGUUGGAAGUCGACCUCUUGACCAUGUGGGGUUGGACAGAUUUAGAAUGACUCCAGACAGUUUGGAACACCCAUUUAAACAACGGUCCUUGGAGAAUACCUGUGUGGGAUCGUCUGACACCAACAGUUGUGAUGCCUUUGUGUCUUUUACGGGUGCCAUGUAAUUGCCAGUUCCUGCAUUUAACGAAAAUGUAUCUGGAAACUAUCUAGAUAAUUUUACAUGAUCCAUGUUUGCUGCAAAGUAGCCUCAUGGAUGAAAGGGUCAAACUAAUUGUCACAGGGUUGUUUGCAGAUGAAAAGGACUUAAAGGGAUAUCUGUAUGCAGCAGAUAGUCUACAUACUGUUGUAUAAAAGGCAGCUGGUGAUUUCAGUAUCUUAAUGGAUAAACUUUGAAAUGGACUUCAACAGUGGUGUUAGUACAAUUAAUAUCCAAAGUAUAUGACAAUUAACCAUUUAAAUGAGUUUACCCCUAAGGGGCAUUAUCGUAUAAUAAAUUUAUAAUGUGCAGUUUCAGAAAGGUAGAUAUAAGAAAUUUAGGAAAAUUUGCAACUUUCUUGUUUCUGGCACCUACAUAGCAAAAUCCUACCCAUGCAUGCACACUGGUUAGUUUGAUUUUUUUUUAUCAUUUAAAACCUUGUCCAUCAUCUGUGUAAACGGGCACUAUCGUUCUAAAGUCCCCCAUUUUAAAUAUUUCUAUUUAUGCUUAUGUGGUUAAUGUUGGGCAGUGUACCUUUGCCUUAAGCCUAGUGGCACAAAUGGUGUGGAGGAAAGACCAGGUCAUCUUCAGCACAAUUGUGCCACUAACCUAAAGGCUCAAAAUUUUGCAUGGAUUUAAACAAUUAGUUUUAGAUUUCAGUAUAUCAAUGGCUAAAUUUACAGUAUAAAAUUAUUAUAGAGCUGCUUCUUUGUGAAAAAGGAACAUUCAUCACAAUUUAAUAAAAGUCACAUUAGUUUUU